UAAAAAUAUAUUUGUAUAUGAAUAUAUAAAUAUAAAAAAAAGGGGGAAAGGAUAAAUAACUAUAGAUCUAUAACAGUGCUCUUUUCUUUUCUUUUCUAUAAUUUAUAUUUGGUCAUGUCAAUGAGAAGAGGACCAACACUUCGAGCCAGUCGAUACAGACCUCCUAUUGGAAGAAUGAAUAUAGGACAGUCGAGAGAUGAUGAAGAAGAAAGGAUUGGAUUGACAAAUGCUAUAAACGAAACUGAACAUAAUGAGAAAAUAGAAUCAGAUAAUGAAGACACAUCGGCAUACCCUAUGCAAGAAUAUAAAACAACAGUAAAUCAACUGCCCAAGUUGCAUCAACAAAAUAAGAAUCUAAAUAGUGAUUCCUCCUCACAAAAUAAUAUUCAUUAUACUCUUAUAUUACAUUUUCGUCAGCUUCGAGGUAAUCAAAGAUUUGUUUUGGAUUAUGAUGCAGCAAAUGAUUUUUGCGAAAAGUUGAAUUUUACUCAACAAGAAAGGAUACAAUUCAAUGGAGUUCGUGAUACAGACGGUCUAACUGAAUUUCUUUACAAAAUUAAGCGAGAAUUUUCGAUUAAAAUUCAUCAUAAAAUAGAACUUCUUCGCUCAGGAGAACAUCACGGUCAUCAUCAUCAUCAUGCUGAUAAUCAUAUUAUAGAAUUUAAUGAAAACUUUUAUGUAGAAUUUAAAGUCAAACAUAAUCAUCAUGCAAUUAGUCUACCUGUCGAAGCUACUCGUCGUCCCUUUUUUCAACACCCUGAGCCUGAUCUUAGCGCAGAUAUUGGAGAGGAAAAGGCUGCUUCAUGGUUGGAGCUGUUUUAUGAUUUAUUUUAUGUGGCUACCUUGACACAAUUUACGCAUAGUCAUCAUAUUAUGGAUUGGGGAUCAUUAUUUCUCUAUGCGCAAUGGUUUAUUAUUACUUGGUGGGCUUGGUUGGCUAGUUCAUUAUAUACAUCUAGAUUUGAUACUGAUGAUGUUGUGCAUCAUAUUUAUAAGCUUAUAGAAAUGUGCGCAGUUAUUGGUAUGGCAGGAUCAUCCGAAUACUUUUUAAACUCAGCAGGCUAUGUAUAUGGCUACAUUGCAUUAAAGGCUGUACUUGCAAUAGAAUAUUUUGUUGUUUUUAUUGUUUCUAUCCUUGCCAAGUCAAAAUCACGAAUGGCCUUACUAUUUUAUGUGGGAGCUAAUCUCUUGUCAAUUGGAUUAUGGGUAUCCUCACUAACUAUUUUAGAAAAAGAUAUACAUCGUAUUCUUUGGUAUGUAGGUGUUUUGUGUGAAAUUUUAGUAAAUGUGAUUGUGAGAGGAGACAAGAGACUCUCCUGGGCUGCCAGUCACUUAGCAGAGCGACUUGGAUUACUUUCCUUAAUUGUUCUGGGAGAAAAUUUGAUGGGUUUGGUGUCUUUGGUGUCUGCAACAGGAAAUUAUUUAAUUACAGCUAUUCCUAAUUUUAUGGCAGUGUUUAUCAUUUUUGGAUUCUUUUUCAUGUAUUUUGAAGAUUUUAACAAGGAGAUUUUCUUACAUAAUACAUAUCAUCAAGUAUGGGUAUAUCUUCAUUUUCCUCUUCAUUUAUGUCAAGUCGCAUUUGGUAUUUCUCUAAUUGAUAUCUUGAAAAUUUUCAGGUUUCAGUUGAUUAGUGAUCACAAGUUACCUGAUGAAGAGGUAACUCAAGAUGAUACAACAAUAGGAUCAGGACAGCAUAGUUCUACACCAGCUACUACAGCACAUGAUGGAACUUCAGCCUCAACACAUCAAGAAUCAAGUGGAGAAUCAGAAAGUCCGCAUCACAAAGCUAAACGAGCUGUUCAUGACUUUUUAUUAGCCAACAGAGAUAAAGAAAAUGAUGCAUAUUAUUAUAAUCCGAUGAAAUUGACAAAUGAACAAAACCAAAUCUCGAAUAAUGUUAGCCAUAAGGAACCAGUUACCACUAUAACAACUUGGACAUCAUGGUGCCUUUACUUUGCAACUACUGUAGUGACAGGAACAAUAAGUAUGAUUGCUGGUAAUGAUAAUAAUGCUGAAGAACAUGCCAUGUCAACUUCGCAUCAUUUGGCUCGUCGCUCAGAACCCACUGGAUCAUUUACAGAGACAAUAUCAGAUAGUCAAAUUGUCUUUGUCUAUAAAACCUUUCUUAUUUUUGCAGGCCUCAUUUUGAUAAUAAAUUCACUUAUUAAAGCAUUGAAUACCAAAAUAUCAGAUAUAUAUGGAAGAAUAAUUAUAGGUUCAAGGCUUUUAAAUGCAAUUAUUCUUUGGUCCAUGUGUGCGCUUCCUUUUGCAAAACUAGACGCGAUUGUUCUUCUAUGCACAAUGGUUGGAUCAUUAGUAUUUCAAGCCUUAAUUGAUUUAUUGGAUUAAUAUCGAUCUUUUUUUUAUUAUUAUUAAAAUAUAUAUAAUGAAAGAGAACAUUAAAGGAAAGAGAGAAAUGAUAAUAAAAUAGCAAAUAUUACUUGCUGUAAAGCUCCUUUUUAGUAAGGUUUAAUAUUUAUUUGUAAAAAAGAAAACAUUAUCCCACCAACAUCAAAAUAAAAAGGGGUUACUGAUGUCGUUGUAAUGAGUACUAUAUAGUAUAUAACUUCUCUGCACCAUAUUUAUUUGAAGGGAUAAUGUAAAGCGAUAUAUAACUUUCAAGAAUCGUAUUAUUACACUAGAAAAAGCCAAUACACUAGAAAUUGAAAGUAUAGUAACUCUUAUAUCGAGCUACUAUAAAAAAAAGAUAAAAUUUUGAUAAAGCAAAAUAUUUAUAUCGCCCUAUAGUGAUUUCUAUUGU